UGAUUAUUUAUGUUCUUAUAAUAAAAGAAUAAAGAAGUCGUUGUGGUUCAUAGUUGUUACUUGCCACGACCCGCGACGGCGGUGGUGUACGAAGAGAGCGAGAGCAGGAGGUGAGCGGCACUCUCUCCGACUACAGAUAUCUUCACCACAACAGAUAAAAUGAGGUACAUGAAGCCCUUGCCAUUGUUUCAUGAUUUGAAGAAUACAACUCCUCAGCGCGGAAGGUUGCUUGGUUUGGAUGUCGGGGAUAAAUAUGUUGGCCUUGCUCUUUCUGACUUUGAUAACAAUAUUGCUUCACCUUUCAACGUUCUCGUCAGGAAGAAGACAAAUAUUAGUUUAAUGGCUUCUGAUUUAGAGAGUCUGAUUGCUAAAUAUUCCUUGAAGGGCUUUGUUAUUGGCAUCCCUUUUGACAAACAUCAAGUGUCUUCUGAUGCUAUGCAAGUGAAGGUCUUCAUUGAUAACCUCUGUAGAACAAAAAUGCUUGAAGGUGUAAAGUAUACAUACUGGAAUGAGAGCUUCACGUCAAAGAAUGUGGAAUUGCUGUUAAAGCCUUUGAACUUGAAUCAUCCAGUUCUCUCCAAGACUAUGCUAGACAAGUUUGCUGCAGUAGGAAUACUUCAGGGGUACCUGGAUUUUGUCAACAGGAAAAUGAAGCUGAAAGCAACGGAGUAAGGAACUCUUAAUAAUAUUAUUUUUCAAGCCCGCUAAUGUGAAGGCAUGCAUCAGAAAUCACAACUAGAUACCUCUGAGGUUGGUUGGAGGACAGUAUAAUGGAUUUUAUAUUUUCCUAUAUUUGCAUUCUCUAUUCUGUAGCUAAAAUGGAAUUAGUCAUGUUACCGUUCAGUUUGAUUAGGUUUAGUUGACAACCUUAAUGAAAAAGUUAAGUGUGGGGACUUAGUUAAUUCUUCAUUAUGAUUUGAUAAGAAGAGAAACUUAGGUCUUGUAUCUUCCUUUUCAAUUCCAGUAGUAAUUAUUAACAGAGGUUAGUAAUGCAAUCUGUACAGACUACCGAGUUUUAUCUACAAACUGAAAACAAAACUGUAGACUACAUAACUUACUUGGAUUAAUUUGUUGCAUUUUUCUUGCACUAAACAUUGAAUUCAUUUGUGAAAUUCAAUGCUUUAUAUGAUUGAUUGAAUUGAGAGUAAAAGUAAAAACGUUUUCUUUAAUACUUAUGAUUUGUCUUUUGGCAUGAUGAUAUAUUUUCUGAAAUACUUGUACUUGUAACUUUCAUCACUGUUCACUGGAAUUGUCUUUGUUUUUUGUUACAUUGAGGUAUAUUAAGCACCAAAGUAGGGGAAGGGAAAAGUUGCUCAAUGGGAGAUCUAACAUCAACAUCACAUUCAUAUUUUGUAGACUUGAGCUGGUAUCAAUUUAGAUGCAAGCAACGUGCUGGCUAGAUUCAUUUAAUUUCAUUGGAUAAUCAUAAGAUUUUGGUUAAACUGUUAGAGGCAUGUAGAAAAUUCCCACGUUAAAUGUGAUUUUGUAGAUAAAAUCAAAAGAGACAGAAAAUCCUCGAUUUUAAUUUAUUCUUUGGAAUAGAUUGUCAGAAAAUUUGUAUGAGA